ACACCACGCCCCCGGUUGUCGCGCUAGGCACGUCCUAAGCGUCCUUCGGGCAGUGCCGUCGGGUCACGAAUCCGGCGGCGCGGACAACCGGGGGAGGGGAGGUCGGGACCAGGUCACGAACCGUGGGACCGACCGAACCAUCUUUCGCAUCGAGUUCUCGGCUCACAGCUGGUCUCACCCCAGGGUUGAAAUAAUCAGGCCAUGACCUCGGAGCGUAAGAAAGCCGUCCAGGAUAUGCAGCGGAAGCUGGAGGUGCAAGAGCAAGAAAUCGGCUACCUGCGUUCCCGAGUGGAUCGGAUCGAAAAAAGUACACAACUAGUGGUUGAGCGGUCUGAGGAGGUGGAAGAGUUAUACAAACACGCGGAGGCCUCUCGCGAGUUCAAGACCUUGGCGCAGGACGGAGCGAACGGAGUUCUUCGCGAGCUGUCGCGGUUGACGGGACUUCCCUGGCCGCUGCCGGCGAGCACGCCAUCCCAGUGGCAGGAUAUGAGUGAUGAGACUCGCAAGCAAGAUCUCCGCGCCGUGCAGGAGUGGUGGACUUGGUCUACAGCUCUCCUCUCAGGAACCAGGUUUGUGAUGCCUAACAAGGCACGAAGCACACGUGUGGAAGCAACAGGACAGUAUGAGCGGGCGGCGGGGCACUUCGUGUUCCGGAUCGAAUUCGGCGAGGGAAGCUUCCGGGUGCAGAGCGGGUUGCAAACACUGGGCAAAACCUUCGCUGAGGCAAGCCGGGCGGCCAGGGCAGCGAAUCCGGAAGCCAAUCCACCGAUCAACCCGAUCAACGUAUUUGUCAACCGGACGCCAGAGGAGCUCAGGAAGAAGCGAGCCCGUGACGGGAAGAAUGGUGACGGGAAAGGUAAGGGUUCCAAGGGAAAGGGCUCAGCGAAAGGCAAAGGCGGCCGCGGCCGCCAGCGCCAAUAGAUUUGGUGUCGAACGUGUUUCACCCUGAUGGCAGUGUCGCUGUUGCGGUUCUAAUAAACGAGUGUUUGUUAGUGCUGGGUAUUUCCACCUCUUUUCUGCUUUACGGACUGCGGUGCUGUCGUCCCUUUUGCUCUAAUUCAAAGUAGACCUCCUUCCAAGUUCAUGUCGAGCUGAUGGAAGGCGGGCUGCAGUUUUCCUUGUGUCUCAGGACCAGUCGGCUGGAACUCCUGCUGCGGCGGGCGACUUCGGAUUCAAGGUGCUCACCGCAUCCGACCCCGAGGCCAAGAAAACCAAGCUCGCGGCGGAGUUGGCAAACGGCAGGCUUGCGAUGAUGGCCAUCAUCGGCAUGUUCUUCCAGGAUGGCCUCACGGGCAGCGCCUGGGGAGACUGGGCCAACUACACCGCCUCGCCUCUGCGCUAGAGGUCCAAGGUCCUCGCUGGCACGACGGAUGCGAGCGGCC